CAACACGGCCAAUUUAAUCAUCAUCAACAUUAAGGCAAGUUUACUGUUUGUUGUCUUAUCCUAUGCAGUUCAACGCCACCGUUCAUUUUGCUUCACCAAAAAAAGCUGCAACGUAUAUAAAUACCCUUCUGAAAAAAAACUUGGAUCAAUUUCUCUUUUUUAUUUCAAAAAAAUUACGGAAUCGAAAUUAUAAAACAAAAAUGAUGAAUCACCAAUUGUUUUUAUAUUCAACAUUUUCUAUGACCAUACUGUUUAUCUGUUGGUCAUGGACAACAGCAAGUGAACUUGAACAAAUUAUCAACAAUAAUGAUAAUACUAACAAAUCCAAAAUUAAAGUUGAUGUCUACUAUGAAACACUUUGUCCGGAUUCAAUCCAAUUUCUAUUGAGACAAUUAGUGCCCAAUUAUGAUCGAAUCAAAGAUAAAGCUGAUCUUCGUUUGUAUCCAUUUGGUAAAGCUCAGUUUUUCGAAUCUGGUAAUUCAUACGAAUUUUAUUGCCAACAUGGACCAAAAGAAUGUCGUGGUAAUAUGAUACAUUGCUGUGUACUUCAUCAGAAUAGCUAUGAUGUUUCAUUACCAUUUAUCAAAUGUAUGGAAAAAGAAUUGUAUGGAUUACGAAGACCUGAUGUAGAUUUCGUUGCACAAAAGUGCGCCAAUUGGACCAAUAUUGAUUGGAAACACGUCGAUGAUUGUACAACGACAAAUCUAGGAAAACAACUAUUGGUGGAUGCAGGACGUAAAACUAAAGCAGUAAAACCAAAAAUAACAUUCAUUCCUACCAUCAUCUUAGACGAGAAAUAUUCGGAACGAAUUCAAGAUCAAGCUUUAUAUGGAGAUUUUGUUAAAUUGAUUGAAAAUCACUAUAACAAGAAAAACGAACAUGAAACUAAAUAGAAAAAUUUAAUUGUUCGAAAAUUGACUUCUAAAUUUUAUUUAUAUUGAUUGAAAAAUUGGCA